AUGGGGAAGGAGUAUAACGGAUCCCCAAAGCCUCAUCAGCUGAACAUGAGGCGAAAACGCAUCACUUACAUCUUAGGCGUCAGUUGUCUCUGUGUCAUCUUCUACGCUUUAGGCGCUUGGCAGGGCCGCAGCGUCCCCCCCCCCGGCUCCCAGUUCUCGUCCCGUGUCGGCUGCGACGACACCCCGGCCACCAAGGGGGACUCCGACUCCCCCUCCUCGUCGGACUCCCCCUUGGUCUCCGACACCCUCGACUUCGAGAGCCACCACCAGCUGGUCAUCAACACGUCCGAGCAGGCCGAGACGUUCCCCCCCUGCGACAUGAAGUACAGCGAGUACACCCCGUGCAAUGAUCGCCAGAGGGGGAGGCAGUUUGAUCGCGACAUGCUCAAGUACCGGGAGAGGCAUUGCCCCACCAAGGACGAGCUCCUUCGAUGCCUCAUCCCUGCUCCGGACCGUUACAAGGCGCCUUUCAAGUGGCCGCAGAGCAGGGACUACGCGUGGAUUGGCAACAUCCCUCACAAGGAGCUCAGCAUUGAGAAGGCUAACCAGAAUUGGAUCCAAGUCGAGGGCGAUCGCUUUAGAUUCCCAGGUGGAGGGACUAUGUUCCCGCGUGGCGCUGAUGCUUACAUUGAUGACAUUGCUGCCCUCAUCCCCCUCAAGGACGGAUCCAUCCGGACCGCUCUUGAUACAGGCUGCGGGGUUGCUAGUUUUGGGGCUUACCUGCUGAAGAGGGAUAUAAUCGCAAUGUCUUUUGCUCCGAGAGACACGCACGAAGCACAGGUGUGGUUUGCACUGGAACGAGGCGUCCCUGCAAUGAUCAAUGUUCUUGGCUCACAGCGGCUCCCUUAUCCAGCUAGGGCUUUCGACAUGGCUCAUUGCUCCCGUUGCUUGAUCCCGUGGUCCAAAUAUGAUGGAAUGUAUCUGAUGGAAGUGGAUAGGGUGUUACGGCCCGGUGGCUACUGGAUCCUCUCGGGUCCUCCCAUUAACUGGAAGAAAUACUGGAAAGGUUGGGAGAGAACUCAGGAAGAUUUGAAGCAAGAACAAGACUCGAUCGAGGAUGUAGCCGCGCAGCUGUGUUGGAAGAAAGUAGUGGAGAAGGGCGAUCUCGCUAUCUGGCAGAAGCCUCUCAAUCAUAAUAACUGCGUGGAUCGCAACAUUUGCAGCUCUGGAAAUGCUGAUGCAGGCUGGUACAAGGACAUGGAAACUUGCGUGACACCGCUUCCCGAGACGCGUGACGCAGAGGAAGUGGCCGGGGGCGCGGUGAAGAAGUGGCCCGAGCGCGCAUUCUCGGUCCCACCAAGGAUCAGCAGCGGAUCAGUCCCGGGCGUGACGGCCAAGACGUUCGAGGAGGACAACAAGAUGUGGAAGGACCGGGUGGAGUACUACAAGCGGCUGGUUGGCAAGCUGUCGCAGGGGAUGUACCGGAACGUGAUGGACAUGAACGCCCACCUGGGGGGGUUUGCGGCGGCCGUGAUGAAGUACCCGGUGUGGGUGAUGAAUGUUGUUCCCAUGGGGACGGAGCAGCCCGACACGCUGGGGGUGAUCAAGGAGCGGGGGUUCAUCGGGACGUACCAGGACUGGUGCGAGGCGUUCUCGACGUAUCCGAGGACGUACGAUCUCAUCCACGCGGGGGGCGUGUUCAGCGCUUAUCAGGACAAGUGUGAUAUAAGGUACAUAUUGCUGGAGAUGGAUAGGAUAUUGAGGCCGGAGGGGACGGUGAUAUUUAGAGAUGUGGUGGAGGUGUUGGUGAAGGUGAAGAGCAUAGCUGAUGGAAUGAGAUGGCAGAGCAAGAUUGUGGAUCAUGAAACGGGGCCGUUUUAUACGGAGAAGAUUCUUGUUGCCACCAAGAAUUAUUGGACUGCUGAUUCCAAGCAAAAAGCUCUAUGAUCUUCGGAAGAUGAAAAAUCUGUUUUGUUAUUUUGGGAUGGGAGUUUUCUACUCAAAAUGCUGUAGUUGGAUGUUGACAAGUUGUGCUUGAUUUCGUGGUGUCAAUAAUUUGUGUAGUCACAAGUUUUGGCAGUUAGCUACAUUUUGAAGUAUGCUACCACUAAUCAUAUAGGAGUAGUAGUUAAAAUUAGUUUUCAGAGUAAUGACCGAUUAUUGCUUUAAUAUUAGUAGUAGUACUAUGAUUCAUCUAAAAUUUUACUUUGAUAUCGGAAGAUUCAUAAAUUCAUUU